AAGCUCUUAAAGCUCUUAAAUUUCAGUAUUUCAGCCCAACUCCAACUAGCAGAUGAAGACCAACCACAAUUAAUUUAAUUAUGUGAGUCCUACCCUAAACCUUUUUUAUGUUUCAACCGUUCAUUUGAUUAUUAUUAUUUUACCUUUUUACUUCUCUUUGCUGUUGGCAUGUGAUAAAUCGUGGAUGCAAAUAUGAAACUGUGAUGUGCUCAAGAAAAAAACCUAAAUCAUCUAUCACCGAACACUCUUUAAAGGCAACUUUAGAUCAGUUUACUCAAAAAUUUUGAGUCAAAUUUUGUUUUUGUAUAUAUUUAAUUACACCUUUUUCAAUACUAUUCUAGUUAUCUAAUUUAUCUGUUCAAUUUUAGAGAAAAAAAGAUUUUAGUAUUUUUUCGUAAAUCCUUUUUAUUUUAGUUGGAAGAAAGACAAGAAUAGAAUAGAGUUAUUACAUAUGUAUUUAUAUAUAUUUAUAUAUUUUUUGAUUAAUAUAUACAGAUGAAUGUUUCCUCUCUCGCUCUUUUUUUUAUUUUUGUUUCUGUGAUCUUUGAACCAUUGGGAAAAUAGUAGCUCAGUAUAUACAACUGUUAUAAAUACUGUUAUUGUUUUUAUUUUAAUUUAUAUUAUGGAAUCUAACAAUGAUCAGAUCGAUGCUUCAUCAUUUUCACCAAAUCCUCGCCAGCAAAAUGAGGAUUCAUCAUCAACCAACCCUCCAUCAACUCGAUCAUCAUCAGUGGGCUCAGCUCAUCAACUGAGUGACAGAGGAUUUAGUGACUCCUAUUUAAAUUACUCUUCCAACGAGUCCGAAAGUGACCAAGAAUCCGAUAUUGAAGUAAUUAAUCACCUCAUCAGAAGAAGACAGAUAAAUGUAAUUUACGACGGAAGCUCUUCGGAUUCUGAUGAAUUUGUUGAGGCGUAUUCUUGUAACAAAAGAAAUAUGGAUAGAACCUCAGAACUUCCAGAUCCUGACCCGGAUACUUCAAAUCUUGAUAAAAGUGAUUUAAGGCAGUUAACAUUACUUCACUCUGGUCUUAUCCAUUGCCCAUCUCUACAAAUGCCUUCUUUACCAGCAGUGGUUGCUUCUAGACAGAUUGGAUCUCUAUCAACCAGUGUACCCCGUUAUUCAUCACCCAACUUUACCAAGAGUUACAAAUGUUUAUUGACUGGAAAAUAUUUACCUCGAAAAAUGGUUAAACUUGAUCAUUACCCGAGUAAAACUUUUUGUGGCUUUUACUCCAAAGAGGGUGAUAUGUUUCUUACCGCAUGUCAAGAUUACAAUAUCAGAAUAUAUGACACAAAAAAUGACAGCUUUAGACUAAUGAAUACAGUCUGGGCUCGAGAUGUAGGCUGGAGUAUUCUGGACUCAGACAUGAGCCCUGAUGGACGUCACUUUGUCUAUUCUAGUUGGUCUGAAUCACUUCACAUUUGUAAUGUCCAUGGAGAAGAAGUUCAUGAAGCUCUUGCUCUUCAACCCAACGAUAGACUUUUUUGUAUAUUCUCAUUACGAUUCAGUCAAGAUGGCCGGGAAAUCAUCGGAGGAGCCAAUGAUGAAUGCAUUUACAUCUUUGACCGAGAGACCAACAUGAGAACUCAUAGGAUUCCUUCACAUGAAGAGGAUGUCAAUUCGGUUGCAUUUGCUGAUGGCUCUUCUCAGAUACUUUAUAGCGGUGGAGACGAUGCCUUAGUUAAGGUUUGGGAUCGGCGCACCCUUAGUGAUUCCAACCCUAAGCCUGUUGGUACUUUUGUUGGCCACAUUGAUGGGAUCACCUACAUCGACCCAAAAGGAGAUGGUCGUCAUUUAAUUUCUAAUUGCAAAGAUCAAACAAUUAAACUUUGGGAUAUGCGAGUUUUCUCGCCAUCAAGUGAAGUCGAUAAUUCAAGACGAAUCAUACCCAAAAGUGACUGGGAUUAUAGAUGGCAAGCUUUGCCUAAAAAAUUAGUGCAAAAUAACAAGAAAAAAUUGGAUGGUGAUACAUCUUUAAUGACUUAUCGUGGACAUAGUGUACUUCAAACACUAAUUAGGUGCCAUUUUUCACCUUCUUUCACCACCGGUCAACGAUAUAUUUACACUGGAUGUGCCUCUGGACGGAUGAUUAUUUAUGACGUACUAACUGGGGAAAUAGUCAGAAGUUUUAAUGGUCAUCAAGGAUGUGUUCGAGAUGUAUCUUGGCAUCCUUAUCUUCCAGAAAUUAUCAGCAGCUCUUGGGAUGGUUCGGUCAUUAAAUGGUAUUUUUCUGAUGAAUCUGAUUUUUUGUGUGAUGAUGGAUCCAGAUCACAAUUUAAUGUUAAAAGAUCUAAACGAAUAUCAGAACGAAGUAAAAGGCUCGAAGACAUUCCUUUGUAAUAUGCAGCAUAGGAAAUUGAGUUUUCCAAGUUUUCAGUAUAUUUACGAAUAGAAGAGCCACUUUAAUUUUAAGUGCAGUAAAUCAUUGAGGAUUAUGCAAGAUAUCAGCUGCAAAUUGACCAAGAUCAUUAACAAUUUGAGACUGUUUCUCAAUGACCAAUUAUCUUAUGUUAUGUUGCUUAAUUUUUAAUGACUAGAAUGUAUUUAUAAUUUAAAAUUGCUUUCCUAUGCGCUAAAAUACUAAACCUCGGCCUAAACUUAAUUUUCUAUGCUGUAUUUAACUAAUUGUAUAAGCACACAACCAAAAGCGACAUCAUUAACCUUCAGUUUCUUUCACUUCUUUGAUUCUUACCAAGAAAUGAAAGUAAAACAAAAAACUGUAUCAUAAUAACGCUAACGAUUGUUAAUAAUAAAUGAAUUAUUUCUAAAUUAA